AACUCCAGUGCUCAAAAAGCCCUCCUUCUCUAGGAGCUGGGAAUCUAGCGGUCAGGAUGAAGCUGCGCUAUUUCACGCACUGCAAUAUUUGGUACUCUUGCUCCGGAUACAGGUAGAAUCGGGGCUUCGAGAAACCACAAUGCCUUUGGCUGGGACUCCAAUGUCUUCAGUGUCUAACAGAGCCACCAAUUCCGCAGGAGGCAUGUGAGGAAGUAGUGGCUACAGAAUCAUGACAGGAUUGUUAAAAACCUUCCCCGGAGGCGGAGGCGGCCGCUACGAUUCUCUCCGCCCGCCUGGGACAGCGCUACAGCUACAGCUCCUAUUGGUGGAGGCUCCAUACCUCCUCCGCCCACUUCAGCCCACACCAGGGGCCCCUGGGUUCCAGCCACUAUCCAUGGGAGGUCUGUCUGAGCCAUCCCUGCGCUCAGACAUCGGUCCCCAGCCCUCAGCAGCCAGUUACCCUGAAGACCACAAAGGGACCUGGAGAUCCUGAUGCGCUGGGCAAAGCUGAAUUAAGGGAUCCCACUCAUUUUUUUCCAACCUGGAAAAAAGGACCCACGAAAGCCGCCAAAAGAAGCGCGAAAGGGAGGCUGCAGUUUGGAAAAAGAACCAGGGUGGCGCGAUUUAGACUUCUCUGCGGUACAGGGAACGAAGCGCCUCCUUCUAUUUCGCCACCCAUUCAGUCCAUGCAACCACGCGCACAUCUGCCCAAGAGCCCAAGUCCCUGAACAAUGGAAGUCUCUAACCUCUCAGGCGCCACCCCUGGCUUGGCCUUUACCUCGGAGCCGGAGAGCUGCAGUGACAGCUCAGGUUCCACCAGGGGCGUGGGGUGCACCCCAGGUGGGCUCCUCUUGCCUGACCGUGAGCCACACUUCUCCAUCUUCACCGUGCUCGUGGUGACUCUAUUGGUCUUGCUGAUCGCUGCCACUUUCUUAUGGAAUCUGCUAGUUCUGGUUACCAUCCUGCGUGUCCGUACCUUCCACCGCGUACCACAUAACUUGGUGGCCUCUACAGCCGUCUCCGACGUGCUUGUGGCGGCCCUGGUGAUGCCACUGAGCCUGGUAAGCGAGUUGUCGGCUGGACGACGUUGGCAGCUGGGCAGAAGUCUGUGCCACGUGUGGAUCUCCUUUGACGUGUUAUGCUGCACGGCCAGCAUCUGGAACGUGGCUGCCAUCGCCCUGGACCGCUACUGGACCAUCACGCGUCACCUACAAUACACGCUGCGCACCCGGCGCCGGGCUUCUGCGCUCAUGAUCGGGGUCACCUGGGCACUGUCCGCGCUCAUCGCGCUCGCCCCGCUGCUCUUUGGCUGGGGCGAAGCCUAUGAUGCUCGGCUGCAGCGUUGCCAGGUGAGCCAGGAGCCCUCCUAUGCUGUCUUCUCCACUUGCGGAGCCUUCUACUUGCCUCUGGCCGUGGUGCUCUUCGUCUACUGGAAGAUUUACAAAGCAGCCAAGUUUCGCUUUGGCCGCAGACGGAGGGCUGUGGUACCCUUGCCCGCCACCACGCAGGCAAAGGAGGUGCCUGAGGAGGCUGAGAUGGUAUUCACAGCACGUGGCCGAGCUACAGUGACCUUCCAGACAAGCGGAGACUCAUGGCGGGAGCAGAAGGAGAAGCGAGCGGCCAUGAUGGUGGGGAUCUUGAUCGGUGUGUUUGUGCUGUGUUGGAUCCCCUUCUUCCUGACAGAGCUCAUCAGCCCACUCUGUGCCUGUAGCCUGCCACCCAUCUGGAAAAGCAUAUUCCUGUGGCUUGGGUAUUCCAACUCCUUCUUCAACCCCUUGAUUUACACAGCCUUUAAUAAGAACUACAAUAAUGCCUUCAAGAGCCUCUUCACUAAGCAGAGAUAAGAAGGGCUGGGGGACACAGGGGAAGACCAGGGAAGGGCAAGGGGAUUUGUAACUCCCAUUUCACCAGAGACCUGGGGCCUUCUCUCCACCACACACUAAUGACACUUCUAAAGUUAUACCAUUGGGCCUGGAAUGUGGAUGAGUUCUCAUGAAGGGUGACAUCUGUUUGGCAAACACGCCCAUGCCUUCUACAGAAGGGCACAACAGACAGUACUAGUGGAGUGUGGUACAUGUCUACACUAGGCAGAAGCCCUGCCAACCCCUUACAGGAUGUAUUUUAGGCAUUUCUGGUAAUGCAUUGGACUUGACCUGUGACAAAGCUGAUUUGCUUUUGUUUUAAUACUAUGUUCCUCAGUGAGGGUCUCUCAGGGCUUUCCUGAGGCUGUCUCCUUGACACAGCUUCUCCCCUACCCUUAAUCCACCAGAGGAGUCUACCUUUAUUAGCUUCUUACAUACAUAUCCUCCACAAGGUGACGAUUCUCAGUUUGCAAACUGAUGAACCUCACCUGAAACCUUGUUAAAAAGUGUUCCAAGCAGGUGUCUUCAAGACGGCUCAGUGCCACCAAGCUUGGUGACCUGCUUUUAACCCUUGAGACCCACACAGUGAAAGGAAAGAGAGAAAGCUGUCUCUGGAUAUGUGUCAGCUGCCUUCUCCCCCAUGUGCACACAAAAUAAACAGUGCGUAUCAUUUAAAAAUGGAAAAAGUGUCCAGUAAUUCACAGACUGAGCCAGACUCUCAAAGAGGCCUGGUGGUCUAGUACUGCAGUGUCUCAGUGGUUUUUCUGUUUUAUUUUUGUUGUCAUUAUUUUGAGACAGGGUCUCCUAUGUAGCCCUGACUGGGCUGGGACUCAAUAUGUUACCAAGUUGGCCUCUAACUAAAGGGAUUCACCUGCCUUUACCCCCUGAGUGCUGGGACUAAAGAUGAGCAUAUCAUCAUGCCCAGCUUUUAUUAUUUGUUUGUUUGUUUUUUAACAAGUAAUUAGUCCAUGUGAGAUACUCCUGGGUGCUUACAUUACUCUUCAAAGUUUUGUUUUUCUAAGAUUUGCUUUUAUUUUUACUGAUGUGUAUAUGUGUGUAUAUACUGGUAUCUGCAGGGACCAGAAGAGGGU